AUGCAUUAUAGGUUUAUCAGAGAUAGUUUUGUUGGUAGAUUAGUCUACCAUCUUUCAAAGCAUAAGUAUUUUGCUCAUCCUGAAGAGUAUAAAGAUUAUGUUGUACCUGAAAAAUAUUUAGAAGAAGUACCAGUUAGAAAUUCAUCAUCAGAAUCAAGUGAGAACUCGUCAAACAAUAACGUUGAUGAAUCACAACAAGUUGUGGUGGAUUGGGAAGGUGAAAAUGAUCCAGAAAAUCCAAUUAACUGGCCAACCUAUCAAAAGGCAUUCUUCAUAUUUCAAGUAUCUUUCUUAACUACAAUUGUUUAUAUGGGGUCUGCUAUUUAUACUCCUGGUGUUACUCAAAUCAUGGAAGAAUUCAAUAUCAGUCAAACUACUGCUACUUUACCUUUAACUAUGUUUGUGAUCGGUUAUGGUCUCGGACCUAUGGUCUUCUCUCCAAUGUCUGAAAAUGCUAUCUUUGGUAGAACUUCAAUUUACAUUGUCACUUUAUUCAUAUUCUUCAUUUUACAAAUUCCAACUGCUUUAGCUACCGAUAUUGUCUCAUUAUCAAUUUUAAGAUUCUUAGGUGGUGUAUUCGCUUCUCCUUGUUUAGCCACUGGUGCUGCUUCUGCUUGUGAUGUUUUGAGUUUACCUUACGGUCCUGUUGGUCUCGCUUCAUGGGGUUUAGGUGCAGUAUGUGGUCCAUCAUUAGGUCCAUUCAUUGGUAGUAUCUUAGUUGUUAAAGGUGAUUGGAGAUGGACAUUCUGGUUCUUAUGUAUCUCAAGCGGUUCAACAUUAUUGGUGUUCAGUUUCUUUUUACCAGAAGUUUAUGGUAAAACUUUACUUUAUAGAAAAGCUAAAAGAUUAAGAUCUAUUACUGGUAACCAAAACAUCACCAGUGCUGGAGAAAUCGAAAACAGCAAAAUGACUGUUAGUGAAUUAGCUAUUGAAACUUUAUGGAGACCAAUUGAAAUCUCUAUUGUGGAACCAGUUGUCUUGUUAAUCAAUCUUUAUAUUGCUUUAGUUUACACUAUCAUGUACCUUUGGUUUGAAGCUUUCCCAAUUGUCUUCUUCGAUACUCAUCACUUUACUUUAAUUGAAAUGGGUUUGACUUAUAUGAGUAUCGUUACUGGUAUUGUUAUCACUGCUGCUAUAUACAUUCCAGUAGUUUUCAGAAUCUUCACUAAACCAUUACUUAGAGGUGAACAAGUUGCUCCUGAAGUGUUCAUUCCAAUUGCUAUAGUUGGAGGUUCUUGUUUAAUCAUUGGUAUCUUUAUCUUCGGCUGGACUUCUGCUGCUGAUAUUCAUUGGAUGGGUCCAAUCAUUGGUGCUGCUAUUUUCGCUGGUGGUGCAUUUUUGAUUUUCCAAACUUUAUUCAAUUAUUUAGGUAUGUCAUUCUGGAGAUAUUUAGCAUCAGUGUUCGCAGGUAAUGAUUUAUUCAGAUCCAUUAUUGCUGGUGUCUUCCCAUUAUUUGGUAAAUCCUUGUUUUUAAAUUUGAAAACUAAGAGAUUCCCUGUUGCUUGGGGUUCUACUAUUUUAGGGGUUAUUACUGUUUUAAUGCUUCUCAUUCCAAUUUUGUUCUAUCUUAAUGGACCAAAAUUAAGAGCUAGAUCAAAAUAUGCUGGUGCUGGUUAAUAGAAGUGUUGGUUUUGAUUGCUUUUGAAUUUGCUUUUCUGUUUUAUCUGUUUGUAUCUAUAUAUGUGUAUAUUUACUAAUACCAGAUUCC